UAUUAGGCGUCGUCGUAUCUGAAAGUAGUUCCGGGCACUUAACCCAACGGGGGGAGAGUCCCGGAUGUUGGCUCGGCCGCCGAGAGAAAGGCGAACGGGAGAAGGCGGAGAGAAGCUGAAGAGGGACGCCACGGCACCGCACGCACACCGGCGAAGCUACGGCGCUUUUUUGCACAGGACGAUAACGUCAAGAGCACAGGACACUCCUGGGGAGCCCCCGCUAGCUGAAUAAGAGGAGGUGGAAGGAAUGGGAGGGGGCAGUUACUGUUAAACUACCGUCAGGAUUACAGAGAGCCACCGUCACAUCAGCUUUCACCCUGAAGUUAACCUACGGAAGACGUCAUGCUCAUGUCUUGAGCUGAGGGAGACUUCAUCCUUAACCUGUCACUCGUCCGUGUUAGUUAUUCCACACCUGGUCCAGCCUCCACCAGUCACCGAGCACCAACAGCAACCACCACCAACUCCACCUUUUUCCCCAUCCCCCUCCUGCCCAGCCUGCCGUCAUCAUGACGUCGGAGCUGGAGAGCAGCCUGACCUCCAUGGAUUGGCUUCCUCAGCUGACCAUGCAGGCGGCCAUCCGCAAGGCAGAUGCCCAGAAUGCACAUGGGCCAGGCAUGGGCAAGAAGAGUACCCUACUGGAUCCUAACACCACAUUGGACCAGGAGGAGGUGCAGCAGCACAAAGACGGAAAGCCGCCCUACAGCUACGCCAGCCUCAUCACAUUUGCCAUCAACAGCUCGCCAAAGAAGAAGAUGACACUGAGCGAGAUCUACCAGUGGAUCUGCGAUAACUUUCCCUACUACAGGGAGGCGGGCAGUGGCUGGAAGGUCCAUUCCAAGCUUGGCCUUACAGCAACAAAGCAGAACUCAAUACGGCACAAUCUGUCAUUGAACAAGUGUUUUCUCAAAGUGCCUCGCUCCAAAGAUGACCCAGGAAAGGGCUCUUAUUGGGCCAUCGACACCAACCCAAAGGAGGACGCCUUGCCUACACGGCCAAAGAAGAGGCCGCGGUCUGGAGAGCGGGCUUCUACGCCGUACAGCCUGGAGUCGGAGUCUUUGGGGAUGGAGUGUAUGAUCUCUGGAAGUGCCUCUCCAACACUGGCAAUCAACACUGUGACUAACAAGGUGGCGUUGUACAACACAGACCAGGAAGGGAGCGAUAGUCCAAGAAGCAGCCUUAACAACAGCCUGUCUGAUCAGAGUCUGGCUUCCGUCAAUCUCAACAGUGUGGGCAGUGUACACAGCUAUACACCGGUGACCAGUCACCCAGAGCCUGUGUCCCAGGCUAUGAGCCUCCAGCAGCCCCCCCAGUCCCAGUACAACAUGCCAGACAGGGACAAGCAGCUCCUGUUCUCUGAAUUUGAAGAUCUCAGUGCCUCCUUUCGCAGCCUUUACAAGUCUGUUUUUGAGCAGUCCUUCAGCCAACAAGGUCUGAUGGGCAUACCGUCAGAUUCCUCCCAGCAGACCCACACCUCCUGCUCCUAUCAGCACUCCCCCAGUGGCAACAUUAGCACUCAGAACAGCAUGUCAAACAACCAACCCAACAGCCACUCCGCCAACAGUGGCCAGGUGCCCCUGUCCCAUCCUGCCCAAGCCCACCCAGGCCACGGCUCGCCCCACGCACAGCACCUCCCGCAGCAUGGCGGCCCCCACAGCCAACACGCCCAGCACAGCCAACACAGUCAGCACCCCCAGCACGCUGCACACUCCCAGCAUGGGCAGCACCCAUCGCAGCACUCGUCCCAUGGCCAGCACCCACAGCAACACACGCCACACCCCUCCCAACACACGCAGCACAACCAGCACCCUUCUCAACACGGACAGCAGCAUCAGAGCCUCUCCCACCAGCCCCAUCCUACCCAGCAACAGAUGGCCUGCAACCCAGGUUUACUGUCUGACUGGUACCCAAAUCUGGAUGCACUGAAAGAAAGCUGUCGUAUUGCUAGCAGCUAUAACUGGGCUGAUGUCGACCUUUCACCUUUCCAAGGAUUGAGAGAGAGUAUGAGACAAGCGGAGUUGAACAAUUGGUCCCUGGAACCCACCCAGAUCGCCGACCUCUGCUCAUCCAUCAACCAGUUUUUUGCCCGUACCGGUGUAAUCCAGCCACAGGGGGCAGUGCAGCCUCCGGUUUGUCAUGGCUCAAUGCUCCCCAACAAACCCAGCCAGCACCUCAACACAGGAAAUCUCUACAUGGACACCAGACAGAGCAUGUCCAUGAUGGGUCCUCCAGGAUAUCCCCACAUGCCCCACAGUGCAGGACCCACAAUGACAGGACACCAUGCACAGAUGAACCAGCAGCACAUGAUACCUACCAGAAACUUCCAGAUGCAUCGCAUGCCACCUGAUGACAUCCAGGAUGACUUUGAUUGGGACUCCAUUGUCUAGCCCCUAGACCUCCUUUUGCAAAACAAAAGGGAGCGAGGAGAGAAGGUGGAAGCCAGGCUGAGCUGAAAGGCCGCAGGAGGAGGAGGAGGAGGAGGAGGCCACUGUGGGUGGGAUGCAGAAGAACAUUUGACAAGCUUUGGAGAAAGACAGACUUCAGAGUCCUGACAUUUUUACAAAAGCAAAACAUAACAUAGAAAAUGUUACUUUGAAGACAAUCAUAUUUAGUUGGACAUGUUAAAGUGAUUGCUUACGUACUUGUCUAGAGACAAGUAGAACAUAUUCAUGUCUAAACCACAUGCUCCUCAGCUCCUCAGCCAGCCCUCUCCCCGUCCCUAGCCAGCAGCCUUCCAAAGUCCGA